AUGGACUUGUACACGACCUCGUUCACGUUUCAGCGUCCGGCGUCCGGCGUGCACAAGAGCUCGCCGCUGCGCACGACGCUGUCGGUGCCCAAGAGCGGCGCGCAGGCUUCCACGAGUCUUCAGCAGCCGGCAGCGGAUGCGGCCCAGGCCGAGCGCGAGUGGGACGCCGUGCAAAAGCUCUGCAACGACAUUACAUCGCGCGAAGGCUGCCUCGUCACCGUCACGCGCGAGGCGCCGCCUGGCCACGGCACCGGUGCGCAGGCGGAUGCGGGCGACGCUGGCGCAGGCGCAUCGCAGAAGAACCCCGCCGACGCCCAGGCCAGCAUGUGGAACUUUCACAUCUCUGGUGCCUACCAGGCUGUCAUGAGUGCACGUGGGGCGCUGCUCCGCGACACUCCGCGCGACAAUCGCACCGCGCUCAAGGUGCCCCGGAGCGACAUUCUCGAGCGACCCCUCGCCCCCGUCUCCGUCGUCAAGCCCGACGUCAAGCACAGGCUCGACGAAAUCGCAAACGACACUCGCGCCCGCAUCGCGGUACUCAACAUCGAGGUCGCGGCCGGUGCCUCCCAACCUUCCGUCCUCGCAACGUCUGAACCUAAUUCGUCCGCAAAGGAGCAGGGGGACGCAACUGCAUCCCCGCCUACCGAGAGCAAGCAGGCAUCCACCGACUCGUCUGGCACCCAGCAGAGCCAGGGUCAGCAGCAGCAGCAGCAGAACCAGAAUCAGCAGCAAAGCCAGCAGCCCAGCUAUGGCCUCGAGACUGAGCGCAUGUGCGAGCUCCUGAUCUCUGGAUCUGUCGAGAGCGUCGAGCUCGCCAAGGUCCGAAUCCUCGUCAUGCUCGACGAGCUGUCUGGCCUGCACUCCGAGGUGUGUGACAUUGACUACAAGCUGCAUGCGAUCAUUGCCGGUCGCAAGCGCUGCGUGAUCCAGUCAAUUCAGGAAGAGACCGCCACGAACAUCUACUUCCCCACCCCCCUCGUGGGCGUGCUCGACUCGCCCCAGCCCGGAUCCCAGCAGGGCGUCGGGUACAACCGCGUCAACAUGGCCUACGGAGCCGCGACCAUGUCGCCCCAGAUGACGGGUAUGAGCUACGCGAGCAACAUGAGCAUGGGCAUGUCGCCUGUGCCGCCUCCGCACCACAAUCCGCACUCGCGCAACACCAACCAGCCCGUGUACAACCCGCAGCAGCAUGUCCACUACCCAUACUCGCCCCAGCCCCUGCACAUCAACCCUCAGACGACGCGGGGCAUGCCGUACACCGGCCCUGGCGUUCAGCAGUGGUCGAUGCACGCUGGCCCCGGCCCGCACGGCGGCCCUCCCGUCCACCCGGGUCCUCAUGCACCCCCGCACCAGCAGGCCCCCGUCCAGAUGACCCCCACCGGCAUGUCGGGUAUGAACCAAAUGUCCAACGGGCAUGGACCCGGAGGCUUCGGCGGCCGCACCAUGGGCACGCCCAUGGCGCACAACCAGCCGAUGGGCCAGCCGAUGAUGGGCAUGUCGCCCAUGGCCUUCGGACAGUCCCACAUGCACGUCGGGAUGGGCACCGCUCCCAUGGCCGGCAUGCCGAUGAACCCGGGCGACAUGGGCAUGGGCCAGUUUGGCCAGGGCCCGCACCCCGGUCUGUCGGUGCACUCGGGUGAGCAGGGCAUGCUCGGUAAGGCGAACCAGAUCUGGAUCACGGGCGAGUUCUUUGGCGUGCAGCGCGCGCGCGACAUGCUCCUCACCGUUGCCGUGCAGAAGAGCAAACUCGUCAUCUCGCGCGACACGGCCAUCUUGCCCCGCAAGCUCGACUGGCUCCUGACCGAGCGCAUCGAUGACAUUCGCAACAUCAUGUGCGACAAUGGCACGUACAUCCAGGUGCCUUCUGUCGGAUCGCAGGCGAGCCUGAUCACCGUGUUUGGCGACCACCGCGUCAACAUUGAGCGCACAAUCCGCAGCGUCAUGGCCCUCGCGUGCCAGUUCUAUGUUGCCAGCUUCUGGCUGCUCCCCGUGUCGUUCGACGUGCUCAUGCCGCAGGCGACGCUGAACCCGCCCCAGAUGCAGCCGGCCCUUAAGCGCAUUGCGCACGAGACGGGAGCCGAGGUCGUGUUCAAGAGCAACUGCUUUGAGAUGCACGGUCUCGAGAAGGAGGUGCGCGACGCUGUCGUCAAGGUCCUCGAGCUCGACGUCAUCAAGAGCUUCCAUCACGAGAUUCGGUUCCAGAUCGAGCUCGCCAACGAGCACCGAGAGUUCAUCUCUGGCAAGAAGAAUGGAAAGAUCAACAAGAUCAUGAAGGUGUGCGGCGUCCGCAUCAAGUUUGAGACGUUCAACGACUACAACUUCCUCAUGGACAUUUCGGGCCAGGACGUGUCUGCCCUCCAGGGUCUCAGCAUGCUACAGGAGGAGUUGCCCGCCGAGGUCUCGUUCCACGUCCCGGAGGGCUACCACAAGCGCAUCAUCGGCGUCGGCGGUAAGAACAUUCAGCGCAUCAUGAAGAUGUACGGCGUCUAUGUCAAGUUCUCGAACGCAGAAGAGUUCGCCCAGCUCGGUGGGUACCUCGACAACGAGGACAAUGUUGUUGCGCGCACGCCGGCCAAGAAUGCGAUCGCGCUAGAGUCGCUGAAGAGCGCCGUCAUGGAGCUCGUCUCGCCCAAGGACAAGGACUACACGAUCGACUCGGUCAACAUUCCCCGCCGGUACCACCGCACCCUCCUGGGCGAGAAGAGCAUCUUCAUCCACGACAUUGAGCGCAAGACCAACUCGACCAUCUGGUUCCCGAACAAGGAGACUGCGAGCGACACCGUCACCAUUUUUGGUCCCGAGAGCCAGGUGCACAUUGCGAUCGCAAUGCUGCUCGACCACGUCCCGUUCGAGGCGGACCUGCACGUGCCCCCGAGCGCGGAACUGACGCGACUCGUGUCCUCGACCGACUUUGUGCUCUUCACGGAGCGCAUGAAGCGCGACCACCAGAUUGCGAUCGCCCCCUCUGCGCGCUUCGGGCAGGGCGACGAGGCCAUCUUCAAGUUCAGGUGCCAGCGCUCCAGCGUCGACUUCCUGAGCACGGUGCAUGACGCCCUCGUCGAGUUCCUCGCCGGCCACAACAUCCAGGUGUACCCCGCGAACGCGGCCAAGCGGGUCGACAGCUUUGCCGACGCCUUCAGCCACUUUGACUCCAAGCUGCUCUCGACGGCCAAGGCUGAGGGCGAGCGGGAGGAACGCUCUGGCUCUGGCGCCCGCGCGCGUCCGUCCCCGACAAACGUCAAGGCGCUCUUCGACAGUGGUGCGCCUGGCUCCGGCGCUCCGGGGCAGCAACCCCCCACCCCCGCCUCGCGCACUUUCAACUCGCCCCUCGCCUUCAACGUGCCCGAGUACUGGCAGGGCAGCGUCAGCACCGAGAAGCGUGGCUCAGACACAGCGCUCGAGGACAAGUUGCGUAUGUCCCAUGCGCCCGGGCACGCGUCGCAUGCGUCGCACAGCGGCCACCCCUCGCACCAGUCGCACCAGUCUCACAGCGGCCACGCGCACACGCACUCUCACCCCGCGGCCCCGCACGUGCCCGGCCACGCGCACACACUGUCGCACUCGCAUGCACACCCGCCCCCACCCGCCCCGCGCCGUCGGCGCGCGCACUCAGAGCUUGGACAUUACGCACCUCAACUUUGCCCGCGCUCUUGGCGGACCCGGAUCUGGCCCCCAGGCGCCCUUCGCCCCCAUGCCGCCCAGUCCUACGACGACCAGCUCGCCGAACACGAGCACGGGCAACUACUUCCCGGGCGGGCAGCAGCGUUACAGCUCGGGCGACAGGACGGAGGGCAUCACCCAGGGCCUUGGGAACGUGAACAUUAA